CCGCCUUCUUUUAGCACCUCGGAUGUGACGUACCUGGCAGCUAGCUCGGUAGAGAGAGUUAACUGCAUGUUUCGACGAACAUCUGAUUGAUAGUUAACAUUUAAACGUAAUAGUGAAUCCUUUCGUUACUAUUUGUUAUAUUUCACACAAAUGGCUUACCCAGGAUAUGGAGGGUAUGGGGGUCCAAUGCCAGGCAUGCCACAGCAGGGAAUGGCCAUGGGGGGGCCUAUGGGAGGCCACAUGGGGGGGCCACCCCCAGCAGGCUACUCCCAGUAUGGAGGGGGCUACCCAGGAACAUUUGGGGCCCCUCAGCAACAAGCAGAUCCCAUGUAUGGGUACUUCACAGCCAUAGCAGGCCAGUCGCCCCAGGUCAGGUUAGGGUCUGUGAUCUGUUCUUGUGGUUCCUGUGUGCAGGAUGGAGAGGUGGAUGCAGAGGAGCUGCAGAGCUGCUUGACUCAGACAGGCAUCAGCGGUAGCUACACCCCUUUCAGCCUGGACACCUGCAGAAUCAUGAUCGCCAUGUUGGACAGAGACAUGACAGGAAAGAUGGGAUUCAACGAGUUUAAGGAGCUCUUCGCUGCUCUGAAUGGGUGGAAGCAGAACUUCAUGAUGUUCGACCAGGACAGGAGUGGGACUGUGGAGCCGCAGGAGAUGGCACAGUCCAUCUCCUCUAUGGGGUAUCGGGUGAGUCCACAAGCGCUGAACGGCAUCAUCAAGCGCUACAGCAGAGGAGGUCGGAUCUACUUUGACGACUAUGUGGCGUGCUGUGUGAGGCUCCGCGCUCUCACAGAGAGCUUUCGGAGGAGAGACACCAUGCAACAGGGGGCGGUCAACUUCCAGUAUGAUGACUUUAUCCAGUGCACGAUGUCCAUCUGAGAGCUUGCGUCGAAGACUGCAGGGUUGGAGGUGAGACUGCCAGCCAGUCUAGUAACCAUGACCACCACGGAAGGGAAAGGGGAGAACCAAUCACUGUUAGCCUAUUUACCACUAUUAGGGUUUGGAGGUCGACUGAGUAUAAGCGACUUGGGUGGAGCCACGCCAGGGAAGAGCCGCAUCUUUGCUUGCCUGCCUUGUUAUCUUGUAUGCAAUGGAAGAAUAUCGUGAAGACCUGGCCCUCAAGGGUGGACUACUAAAUGUCUGCAGUGCUUGUUGUCAAUUCUGUUGCCAGUGAAACCCAAGCAUAAUGAAAACAAAGGGAUACUGGUUUGGAAAUGUGCUGAAAAAGGUGAGGUGAUGUGCCAUAACAAUCUUUCAGAUAUUUAUUCCCUCACCUGUUACCUCGUAUUUUAUAUAACAAUAUAAAAACUGUAGUAUCAACCAUAUAUGCAUCUUACGUGUCAAAUCAAUUUAGUAAAUAGUUCAUAUAUAAAUACAAUAGAUAUAUUUUGUAAAAUAUAUAAUGCUAUGCAUUUUUUUAAGUAUGCUUUGCAUUAUGUUUGUAGUUGUUCUUCGGAGGCCUUUCAUUGUUGUUAGUUUGCGAGAAGAAAAAAAAAACUUUCCAUACAUGCAUAAAUGAAACCCUUUAAUCUUUGUGCAUCCAUAAGCAUGUGCUAACUGGAUAUACUGAUUUUACAUUUUUAUUUUGUCAAUAACUAACCCAGUUGUAACUCAGGCAAAGUAGCACUGUAAACCAUAGAGAACCAUGCAGUAUGCUUUUACUAUGUUAUGUGUGGUAAAGUUACUGUGGAUUGAAAAGUUCGUUUUAUAAUUACAGUAGUGUUAGUUUUGCUGUAUGAUGGCUCUGAAAAUGAGAGCUAUUUUGUUGAGAAGUUAUUUGAUUGAGUUACUAAUGUUCUUGCCAAUGCUGGUUUUGUUGCUGUAAAAUCACGACACAAUAAACACUUUGUAUUGAG